AUGUCUCGAAGAUCGACAUCACCGCAAAAAGAGUCGCGGCCUACAACAUCAAACGGCCUACUUGCACCAGAACCAGCGUCAACAUUCAGCAAUAGCGAUGGCACACGAUCACCACGCUCAAGUUCAUCUAGCCGCCGCGGAUCAAUAAUAGAGUUUGUUACCAGAUUCCGCUCUUCAUCCAACGCCAGUGUCGCAAGCAACAAAUCGCAAGACCCAACAGACUUCAGUGAAAUCGAGAACUGGUUCUACGGAUUCCGAAGAUACAACCAAAUAGUCAGCACCACCACAUCACCAAACAAAGCCGACCAACCGCAAGACCUCUCGAAACCUUUCAAGAAGUUGACGAAGAAGUGCGGGGGUCAAUUUCUGCACGGGCUACCAGAAGCCGUCUUCGACUUCUCACUCCUCUGGUGUCCCGCCGGCCACCUAACCAGAAAAGACAACAACGAACCAUCCUGGAGCUGGACCGCCUACGACGGCCCCGUAAACUUCCCUUUCGACCCAACAACCUGCCCCGAUGUGUACAAACUGCCACGCAGCGAGGGCGAGUGGUUCCAAUCCGAGAUCUUACACUUCCACGUCGGUCCUGAGUCGGCGCAAUACACUGUCCGACGGGAAAAAGAAAACUCCCUGCGCAUCAAAUACCCGCCUUAUUUCCACGCGCCGCGCGGCUCAGACCACACCAACGAGUCCAACACCCUGCGCUUUACGGCAGCGACUAUUAGUGCGGAUGCGUUUACCGCUGAGCCCAACACGUAUGAAGGCAACGAAACCCCCUCCUCCCAACUUAUCAACUCAGACGGCAAAACCUGCGGCGCAAUCAUGGACUACGAAUCUGAGCUCUCGAAGCCCUCUUCCACCGGCCCUUUCGAGUUCGUGCUGCUGUCCAGGAACCUGUGGCGCGAACCGAAUCCCGAUAAUAGCAAGCCGGGGUCGAAUACUAUGCAUCCUACUGGCACGCCGAUCUGGAAUGGACAGCGUUUUAUAUGGGAUGAGAGGGUUGUGGAUCAUGAUGAGUGUUUUGAGAUGGGGCCGUGGAAGAUGCUGAAUGUUAUGCUCAUUAAGUGGGUGGGUGACUAUGCGGAAAGGGUGGCGGUUGCGAGGAUACAUGAGGAUGAGUGGAAGAAGCAUAGUCCGAGUAAGCAGGAUAUUGUGCUGUGCUGA